GAGAAGAACAGUUUUCUGAGUUACAACGUGUCUUGCAUCAUGACGCUACCGCCGUACCAACGCCAGGGCUACGGCAGACUCCUCAUUGACUUCAGUUACCUCCUGACGAAGAACGAGGGCAAGAUCGGGUCUCCCGAGAAGCCCCUGAGCGACCUGGGUCUCAUCUCGUACCGCUCCUACUGGAAGGACCUCCUGCUCAGCUACCUGGCCACCUACACGGAGAAGAAUGUCUAUAUCAAGGACAUGAGCACGGAGAUGGCCGUGAGCUCGUACGACAUCGUGAGCACGUUCCAGGCCAUGGGCAUGAUGAAGUAUUGGAAGGGGAAGCACAUCUUGCUCAGGAGACAGGACCUUCUGGAGGAGUUCCUGGAGCGGCAGAAGCGGCGUCGCGCGGACUACAAGGAGAUCGACCCCAAGUGCCUGAACUGGCGGCCGUACGUGCCUCCGCCGCCCUCCGAGGACCAGGCCAGCUCCAACAAGAAC